UAAAAGCGUUCUUGGAGUGUCUGACGUUGCUUCAUUGAGAAGUUUUCUGCUCAAGCUAGAGUCCAACUUGCAUCCUCGAGCACUUUCAGCAGAUUGGCUAAAGUACGUGGAUUCUGUUCCUACGAUGGGUUCUGCUUCUCAUGUUGUGAGGAAUUCUGUACGUGCGUCUACGAAACAUGGAAUUGGAAGGAACAGAGCAAGGUGUUUGGAGCUGGAUACAACUUCAUCUUCAAGUUCUGCAAAUGGGUUGAGCUUAUUUUGGUGGAGAGGUGGGAGGAUCUCACGUCAGCUGUACAAUUGGAAGGUUUUGCCUCGCUUCUUAGCUUCCAAAGCUGCCCGACAAGGUGGAUACAAGAAGAUACAAGGCAUCCUUUACCCUGACAGUGGAGAGUAUGCAAAAAGGAGUAAAUGUGUUGCCUGGCGAGCUUCUGUUGAGACAUCAAGAAGCGUGGAACAGCUUGCUCUCCAGGCACGUCUCUCUUAUGAUUCAAUUUGUCCCCCAUCUCCAUUCCAUUAUUUGCUCUCCAUUAGCCUUGUCCUAACAGCCAAUUGGAUGUAAAAUGCUGACUGGCACCAAACUC